AUGACUUAUGUCAUACCGGCCGUCACACUUUUAGAAAGAAAACUUUUUCUCAUUGUUUACAUUGAUUUAGGAUGGAUAACAACAAGAAGCAUGAGUAUCGCACGUGAUUCACAUACAUCGGUCUUAUUAUUCGAUGGAACUAUGUUGAUUAUUAGUGGAUCUAGUUCAGGUUAUGCCAAUCUUACUGAAUCGUAUAGUCCAGGAACAGGCACUUGGCCAUCAAAAGUUUCCAUUAGUGUUCCACGAUGGCUUCAUACAUGA